AUGUCCAGCAAGGAGGAUGAGAUCUUGAGGGCUGUUGAAAAUGGUACUUUCAAAUAUGCUCAACAAUUGUGUUCGAAGCUAUUGAAGAAAAACCCAAAUGUUGCAUAUUACAAGGUAUUAAAUAGUUACAUUCUUUUACACUCUGGUAAGGAGAAAGAAGCUGUUGAUUCCGCAUUGUCAAUCAUGGAAGACGUUCCAAGUGAUAUCAAGUCACUAGAGUUACUGAACGAGAUUUUCAAUGAGGUGGGAUUAACCAGUGAAGCUGUGUUGGUAUAUGAAAAUGCAGCUAAAAAGCAUAAAACUUUUGACAUUUUGCGUACUUGGUUUCAUUUUGGUUGUGAACAUGCCAAUGUUCGUAUUAUACAAAAAGCUGCUAUGGCAAUGAAAAAUAGCAGUAGAUUAUUCAAAUUAUGGGCCGCUUUUGCUUCAUACAUGGUUGCAAACUUGAAAGAUGCAUCACCUGUUGAGAAAUCCUUAUUUCCAAAACUUGGUUUGAAGACUAUUGAACAAUGUGAGCCUCUGAAGAAUGAACAAGAAGUUUUCAUUCUUGUUAAACUUCUUGAGCAAAAUAAAUCUUUAGAUAAGAUUCCUGAAGCUGUUUUGAAAUUUUCAAAACAAAAUAAGUUGGAUUUAGAAUUACAAAUUAUUUUAUUGAAAACAUUUGAUCAAUUGGAAGAUUGGGAAAAGUUGUAUAAAUGGAGUCAUACAGUUUUGAUUGAUUAUAAACUUGAUGAUUUCAACACUUGGAAAUAUUUAAUCAAAUCAUCAAUCAAGUUGAAUAAAGAUAUAAAUGACAUUAUUGAAAGCUAUAAUUCAAGAAACUCUAAAUUGGCCAAAAUUGAGCUACAAAGUGAGCUAGGUUAUGAUGUUCAUGAAGCAGUCUUUGAAUAUAUGAAAUCACUUGGCCAUAAAGCUUGUGCAUUCCCAGACAUUAAGAAUUACGCUGAGAAAAUUGAUCAAGUUAAAUUCCUUGAAUGGCUCAAUGGACACAAGAAAUCAAUUGAUGAUGAUAGAGGCUUGAUCUGGAAUGUCAAUGUCGUCAAAUUUAAAGCACUUUUCAAUAGAGAUUUGUUCAAAUCAGAAGAGUUCAUCAAUGAAAAUAUCCAACUUUGGAACAAAUCAAAACAUUUGCUUUCCAAAAAAUCCAAGACUGAUUAUUUCAAUGGAGAUGAAUUUAUCUUAUUCAUUGUUCAAUCUCUAUUAUCUAUUGAUUUCUCAGUAGCCAAUAUUGUUUUAUCAAUCAUCAUUUUAGAAAAUACCGUCAUUAAAGAUGACCAUGAAUUCCAUUUGAGAUUGUGGUUAAUCCAACUGUACUCUAUUAUUAACUGUCAUACACAAGCAAAACACCAUUAUGAUGCAUUGAAGAUCAAAAACGUUCAACAUGAUAUCUUGGAUCAUUAUAUCAUCUCAAGAUUGAGCACACAAUUUCCUAAUGCUGAUGAGUUGAAAAAAUCAUUUUCCAUCUAUCGUGCUAAUGAAAAUGAGACCGUCUAUUACGUGAAAAUCGGUUUCAAUAAUGGUGCUUUCAACAAAUUGGAGAGUAUGAUUGAGUUCCAACAAAGAUUGAAUGAUUCAAUCUUGAAAAAACACGAGGUUAUACAAGGUAUAAAGAUUGGUAGAAUUUUGAAUGAUAAAGACAUAUACAACAAAUACAGAAAAGUUAGAAUCAACGAGAAAGUUAGUGAUAAUAGAGAUUUCAACAUCUUAUGGAAUGUUGGUAUUGAUGAAGAACUUGAAUUUAAAGACCAGCUAUUAGAAAACAUUCCAGGAAAAAGUUAUAUCAAACUAAAUGAAGUUCAAGAACGUCUAGUAAAUGGUCAAGAUGUUCCUUUAGCAGAUCCAUUAUCAUUUAAAGGCGUAACAGAUGCUGAAAAAUGGUCUUUUGAGGUGUUGCAAAAUCUUUCAAUCUUUAUCAACACAAAAGAUGCUGACUUACUAUCAAAAGUCAAAGAAUUAUAUGCACAAGUUCCUAAACCACCAAAAACAUUAUCAUGGAAAGUCAACAAUUCUUUAGUGUCAAUUAUUGACACUGCAAAGUCUGCACAGGUGCUAUUAUCAUCAACUCAAAAAGUUAACAAAAAAGAUCAUUCAGAGCUCAAAGAAUUAAACUUAUCCCUGUUACAAAAGAUUAGAGAUGACACUAUUUUGGAUAAGAAAGUUCAAAUAACAGAUGCUAUCAACAAUUUGAAAUCUGAGCUCAGUGAUAAUGAAUACUUGAAAAAACUAAAUAUUAACAAUGCUUCAAAGGAUAAGAUUCUAGAAAUAAUCGGGUACUCCAAUAAUGAAGCUUUCAAAUUAUUGAGGAUCUUAUGA